CUCUCCAGAAAAGUCUUGUAAAUAUUUCUAGAACCUCCGUAUUAUAUUUGCUGUCCCUUCAUCUUUUCUCUUUCAUUUCCUACUACUAGCUCCCAUUAAUAUUUGUAAUUCCAUUAUUCUGUAGUAGAUUCACGUCCAAGUUUAAUGAAGAGAGAAAACUGAAAAGGCAGAAAAUUCCAGAGCCUUAGAUUUAACCAAAGAUAGUUAUGGUCGUGUUGUUCUUGGUGAAGAUUGGCAAAGUAGGAGCCAAUGGAAGAAACUAAGAUCAUAAUCAAUCGCCCCAAAAACAACCUUGUUCAUUCUAUGGUUUUUCUCUUCGGUUUCUAUGUUUGGGAUUGGGAAUUCCUCACUGCCCUUUUGCUUUUCAGUUAUUGCUCCUUCUAAUUUUCUCUAGCUAGGAUCUUCUCAUUUAAUUUCUUUUUCAUUUUCAACUAACUCAUAAUUAGCCCAAAUCUUCAAAAGAGUUUUGUGUAAGUUCAUAGACGUUUAGAGAAACAGAGGAAUACAGGGGGAAAACAAGGAAUGUCGCAGAGGACAGUUCCGGCGCCGUUUCUGACGAAGACGUACCAAUUGGUAGAUGAUGCGACCACCGACGACGUCGUAUCUUGGAACGAGAGCGGCACUACUUUUGUGGUAUGGAAAACUGCUGAAUUUGCAAAGGAUUUGCUACCCACUUACUUUAAGCACAACAAUUUCUCCAGCUUCGUUCGUCAGCUUAACACCUAUGGCUUCCGAAAGAUUGUGCCAGACAAAUGGGAAUUCGCCAACGAAAACUUCAAAAGAGGACAGAAGGAGCUCCUCACAGCAAUACGCCGUCGGAAAACUGUGACAUCGACCCCAGCUGGUGGAAAGUCCGUGGCACCUGGCACUUCAGCAUCUCCGGACAAUUCGGGGGAAGACUUAGGUUCAAGUUCAACCUCAUUCCCGGACUCUAAGAACCCGGGGUCUGUUGAUACCCCGGGAAAGUCCCAAUUCGCAGACUUGUCGGACGAAAACGAGAAGUUAAAGAAAGACAACCAGAUGCUGAGCUCUGAGCUCGCGCAGGCCAAAAAACAAUGCGACGAGCUAGUGGCUUUCUUGAAUCAGUAUGUGAAGGUUGCACCUGACAUGAUCAGCCGUAUCAUGAGCCAAGGAACCUCAGGGUCCAGCCAUGGGGAGUUGGUCAAGGAGGUAAUUGGUGUUGUUGAAGAUUUAGAAGCACAAGGUAGUGAUGAUGAUCAAUAUGAUGACGAAAAGGGUGAUACUCUGAAACUAUUUGGUGUGCUAUUGAAAGAGAACAAGAAAAAAAGGGGUCCAGACGAUAAUGCUGAUAUUUCUGGGUCCCGUGGGAAAAUGGUGAAAACUGUGGACUACAAUUUGCCUUGGAUGAAAAUGUCUUCGGCCCCUGGAGAGAGUAACAAGGUGUGUAACUGAAAUUGUGAUCCAAAUAUUAAGGGAAGCUGGAGAAUGGACUUCUGCGGAUUAGCUUCAUCCUUUUGUUUUAGUGCCUGUUAGUUUACGAGUUCAGUGAUAUUACGAAAUAACGGAGUAUUUAGUAUGAGCAGUAUUGGGGUUAGAUUA